AUGCCGAAAAAGAACCCCAAGUCGAAACGUGCGGCCGCGAAAUCCGUCGCGCAGCGCGCGGAAGAUGACGAGCCGCCGCCGCUAUCCAUCGCGACGGUUGCUCGCGCCGCGUCCGAAGCCGUGGCGGCAGACCUAAUGUCCGCCGCGGAAUCGAUGUCCGCCGAUCGACUACGCGCCGAUGGCGUCAUUUCCGCCCUCCCCGCAAUCUCCGUCUCCGGCGGCGCCGCCGCAGUUUCCGCCGCAAAUGACGGCGCCGGCGUCGCCAUUGCCGUCGGCGGCCGGUCCAGAAGCCUGUCCGUCUCCCCUGCCGGCAGUCCGUCGGCCGUCGCUGCCGCCGCAACAGCCGCCGCGGGAAUUGGCUUCACAGCUAAGAGUAACCUCGCAGCUAAGGCGGGCUUAACUCCUAGUCCCGGUAGCGCCGCCGGCGGCGGCGGAGGCGGCGGGAGUGGCGGGGGAACGGGGAGGAAGCUCCGCGUGGGGCGGCAGCGAUCGUGGCUGCCACGUGGCAGCAGCCCGUCAGCGUCGCAAGCAGCAUCUGCCAGCUCACCUUUCACAUCAGCCCCCUGGUCGAUGUGUCGGUUCCGCCUCACCACUCUCCUCGAAAUCGCCUUCUCCUUCCUCCUCCUCUUCGUCACCCUUCUGCUGCACCGUAACGGCUGCCUCUCCCCCUCCUCCGCCGCUUUCCCCCUCUGCUGGCGCAACCUGGGCGUCUCCCUCCCCCCAUCCCUCCGCCCAUCCCUCCCCUCAUCCCUCCGCCAAUCCCUCCCCCCAUCUGUCGUGCAAGGAGAGAGCCGCGGGGGAGUGAGAAGGAGGGGGGAAGGAAUGGGGGGAAGAAGAGAGAGUGGGGGGAUGCAGGGGGUGGCGGAAGGGUUGAGGGGAAGAGGGAACGAGUCAGGGGGAGGGGAACGGGGAGGGGGAGGGGGAGGUCAGGGGGAAGGGGGAGAUUCGGGGGAAGGGGAGGCGCAGCAUGGGGGGAAGAGGGGGGGAGACGAGUGGGUGCUGCGACCUGAUGAGAAGUUCAUGUGGUUCGCCAGCCAUGGCGGGUUUGGUAACCAGGUGGGCGACAUUUGGAUUCUGGUGAUUCAAUUGGUGUGGGGCCUUCGCCUAGCUGGCCUUCUCAACAGAACGCUCAUCAUCCCCCCCAAGCUCUCGCACUUCGCCAAGUCGUCUGGCAUCGACUGCUCUUCCCCCCCCCAUCCCUUCUCGAUAUUUCUACGUCUCCCUCCGUUGCAGGUGAUUCAACUGGUGUGGGGUCUCAGGCUAGCAGGUCUCCUCAACCGAACGCUCAUCAUCCCCCCCAAGCUCUCCCAUUUCGCCAAGUCAUCUGGCAUCGGCCGGUGCGAUCGCAACCCCACCAAGCCGGACCGGACGCGGCACGAUGCGUGGGGUCACUACUCUGACAUGAUGCGCGGGGGGAAGGGCUAUGUAUCCAUGGCUGAUAUCCUUGAUUUCAAGACUCUGCCGCCUGCGCUCAUCCGAACCAUCGACCUGCGUCACUUUGCCAGCCGGUUCUGCCACUGUGACGUGGCACCCGCCUGCUACGGUGGCGCGUGCCGGCAGCUAACUCACGGGCGGCACCAUGACCCCCACUCACGUAAGGACGACAAGUGCAUGUGGGAGUGCGGAGCAAAGCUAGGGGCGCAGGGAGGGGCGAGUAAGAAAUGGAGGAAGGAGGGGGUGCUGUAUCCGGUCGACAACACGUGCAAGGACACACUGUGGACGAUUGGCAAUUAUGCAAGUCUCAAGGACCUAGUAGCAGCAGUGGGAGACAAGGAGCCAGCAGUGCCGGCGUUUGCCCACAUCAACCUGAAGCACAACCGCAAUGAGCCCGUACCACUGAAUAUCUUCUCUACUCUGGGGGACUUAUCACCUGCCAAGGACAGCAAGGUGUUGGCCUUCCCCUCGCUCUUCCAUCCUCGCAUUGCAGACAUCAAUCUUGAGUGGGACGACCGUGUGCAAGCGAUUAGAGAGGCACCCGUAUCGAUGCCCUUCACUCCCCCUAUAAUGGACCUGGCUCGUGGCUUUAUAUACAACAGCAUAGGCCGGCCCUUUGGCUGCAUGCAAGUGCGGGGCACUGACGGCAUGUUCGUCAAAGCGCUAAAAAACACUCUCAAGUAA